AUAACCGCGCGGCUCGUCAGCAUCCUCCUCCUCCUCUUCCUCCAAUCUGAUCGCUUCUCUCGCUCCCGCACGCGCCGUUCAGCGGGGAAUCACUUCUUCCCAUUUCCCAUCUUUUUAACCCCGCAACCAUUUUUACGCGCGUCGGGUGGAUUCCACAUCAGCCUCCAUUUAGGAGCGCAACUUCUCCAUUUCGCCCGCAAAAAUUAAGUAGUGAGUGAACGAUGGCUUUUAUGGUGAAACACGUGGUGGGAGGCCAGCUGAAGAACUUGACGGGCGGAUUGACGGAGGAGAAACCCGAGGGGGAGAAGACAGAGGCGGCGGCGCAGGGGAUGACCCAGGAGGAAUUCGAGCAAUACCAGCAACAGUUAGAGGAGGAGAAGCAAGAACGAGAGGCUAGUUUUGCCCAGAAAAAAGCAGAGCGAGCCACGGUGAGGAGUCAUUUUCGAGACAAGUACCGACUUCCAAAGAAUGAGUUGGACGAGACCCAGAUCCAGCAGGCAGGCGACGACGUGGUCCUCCCCACGGAGCUGGCAAAGAUGAUCGCCGAGGACAACCAGGAAGAGGCGCAUAAGCAGUCGGUGCUGGGCCAGCUGUCCAACCUUCAGAACGUCGACAUGGACCAGUUGAAAGACAAGGCCCAGGCCACACUUGAAGACCUCAAGAAGCAGACGGAGAACUGUAGUCUCAUGUGAUGUCGGGGAGCUAAUAUUUCUUGAACGAAGCGUUGCUGGCAAGGAGGAAGUAAUAACGCCAAGUAGUUGUUCGCUUUGCUUAUUUAUUUGGAAUAACGCUCAAAUUUAGAUUGCCAUUCGAAUUCACGAAACAUUGGUCAAUCGUUUUUAACAGAAUCGUGUUCACUGAUUUUUGUUUUUCUAACAAAACUUACUGAUCACUAACACUUUCUGGUACCCUUCCGGGCCUAGUGGUACAGUCCAAACAUUUUUAAUCGAAACCUGUUUCGUGAACUAUGCUGUGAACUUCCCCCUUCCUUCUUUCGAUGGUCCAUCUAGGCCUCCCUUUUCCUCUCUAUAAUCGCUCAACACAACAACUCGUCUUAUUUCACUGACAAAACAACACUGUUUUGAAGAGAAUUAAAUUUUUUCUCAAUUUGGGGACUAGGCAGGGGUGGAACUUAGGGGAGUGCGAAUGCAUCCGGGCCUUUAAGGGGCCCAGUUUGCAGGCACAAAGUGGCCCCCACUCAGGGGGUCCCGUUUAUGUUCAUCGCACCUGGGCCCUGUUCACAUUUGUUCUGCCACUGGGACUAGGGAUGACUUUUUGUGGAUAGAAGCGUUUGAAAAGCACAAAAAUGGCAACUUUAAUUAAGACUUUCUUAAGCGUUAGCAUCUCAAGCUAGAUUUAAAGGGUACCACGGAUAGAAAGACAUGUAAUUCUUAAAAGAUAAAUGUUAGUAUGAGUUUUAAAAAUUGGAUUUUAAAACCUCUCAAUGUUUUCGUUUUAAUGAAAUUAAAAAAAAAAAAAAAAAACGCAAAGCACGUUGGGCGUGAUUCAAAACCACGUUUCCAGAGUGCGUACACCACAGGACUACCGCGUGACAUCAGAGGCAUGAUUUUCCUUAUAAAGCAAUCAUAACCCACAUGUAUUGUCUGUCUUUGUGCGAUAAAGCUUAAAAGAGUUAUGGUUCGCGAAUCAAUUGGGAUCAAUAAAAAAAAAAAAAAUCAAUUGGGAAAAUCGCGGUGAGAGGCAGAUGAACGGAAAAACCAAGGCAAAGAUGCAACUCGCUACAGGGGGUCAAGAAUACAAACUGUCGAUUGGCAUUAUAGCAGCAAGUUAAUAUCUCGGCAAGCCGCUGAGGAUCGGUUUAAAGACACUGCUGAUGAGCUGGAAUUGGAUGCAGGUACGACAUUGGGAACUGAUCCCACAGCUCUGUAACAAAACAAUCUGAGCAGCACAAUGUGACAAAAUCAUGCCAGUCGUCAUACUAGCUUCGCUUGCUAGCUAGCACAGCUAUUCCCAACCACGUCAUCACCCUCAGCGUGCAUUGCGAAUGUAAAACAUGGCGCCCUCCGUAGGUCAAAACAAGUACUAAAUAUUAUAGAUUUUUAAAUUAAUGGCAAUAAUAUACCGUAAUUUUCAGACUAUAAGCCACAAUUUUGUCCCCUCAUUUUGAAUCCUGCGGCUUACAGUCUAGUGCGGCUUAUUUGUUGAUUUAUUUGGAUUUAUAGGUAACACUUUGAUAGCGGUGUCAAAAGAUUACCAUAAGACCGUCAUAAUUAUGACAUGACACUAUCAUGGGCAUUAAGGAUUGCUUAUGACAUAUGUCGUUCAGUUUCAUCGGCAAAUUAUGUCACAAACUUCCACCUCGGAUCUUUUACAUCCAUUCAAAAGUGAGAUAAUUUGCUGGAUGGCACAAAAUAACAUCUGUCAGAAGCAUUCAUUAAUGCUCAUGGCAGUGUCAUGUCAUAAGUAUGAUUGUCUUAUGACAGUCUUAUAGCACAAUUGUCAAAUAGAGUGUUACCAAAUACCAGAACUAGCGAUUAAUGAAACAAUUGGAACUGUAACUGAAGAAAAAAAUUGCACAGAACAUAAAUCUGUAGUGCUGCAAUGCAUUCUAGGAGGCAUGUUGGACGACAACAGUGUUGAAUGCAGGUGGCAGCAGAGGUUGACUGUCUCACCCAAGGAAAGCAGUGAUGGCCAAAUGAACCUUCUUGAAGCAAUUCAUGAUGGUUCAUUUGGUCUUAUGACAAUCUUAUGAUACCGCUGUAAAAUAAAGUGUUACCGGUUAAUAUCUUUUUGUGUAAAUAUCCCAUAAUACAGCUGCGGCUUAUACUCCAGUGCAGCUUAUCUAUAAACAAAUGUUGUUUUCGUGUCAAAUUUGGUGGGUGGCGGCUUAUAGUCAGGUCCGAAAAUUACGGUAUGUGUGUCUAAUAACAUGUUUUAGUAAAAAAGAACAAUUAUGGCUUAUUAGAGACUACAAGUCUUUAAGUCCGAGGUUCCCUUUAAAAAAAGCCAAGCCUUUGACUGCCCUUUUUUAAUUUCUUUUCAAAUAAUAACAUAUGACGUCUGCGCAAAUAAGCCAUGUGUCACUUUGGGGAAGUUGGGCUACUACGUGCAAUACAUGGGAGUUUUCAACAAACUUCUUAAAUAAAGAUGUAGCUCUCCAAUACUUUCCUAAAAUGAUAAUUGAUACAGGGUGGGGAAAAAACUGUCUUUGUGCUGCACAUGGAAGUGUCAUUAAAAUACUACAUGUAAAUACUGUACAAAUCAGCUGCUAAAAAAAACAAACAAAGCAUAAAUGUGAACGCUUUCAGAAGCCAAAGCGCGACACGUCCGGAAUUUUGUGCCCGUUAUUAAGUGUUGUGUGUGCGCGCCGAGCUCGUUGUGUGGUACCGUUUCGUGCCGGUGGAUUCGCUGUCGUCAAGUUGAGUGGUAUCCUCAUCAACCUCGUGGCGUUAACGCUAACCCCACUGCUUCAUGAUGUCGUUUUUUUGGAGGGGUGUGAUUGUGGUGUUGUUCUUUUUUGUGCAGCGAUGGCAAUUUGCGCUUUAUCUGUAGCACUUUACAGUCGGGCUACUGUUUUUAUGCUUUUGGACCUACAAGAAUAAUACAAGAAGGCGUUAGCAUAAUGUGUCAAGAAGCUAAUAAUUAGCCAUUGUUCGUACUAGAGUUGUCCGAUAAUAUCAGCCGAUAAAAGCAUGUAAAAUAAGAUGGGGAAAUAUUAUGUUAGUAUGUGUGCUGGGUUUUAAGUUAAUGUACAAGCCUGCAGCCUUUUUUGCAUGGGCUGGUCACAGCUUAACACAGUAACUACGCUCAGAUUGACCUCUAGAUGUCUCUAAACAAAGAUGCUUGGGAUUUGUUACCUGAGGGAAAGACUCUAAUCACACAUUGAGCACAAAUAAAAUGAGCAAAAUAUGAAAAACUGCAAUUUCUGAAGAAAUUACUCUGGGUCUUUGCUGUGUGGAGAUCUUAACCUUGCCCAGGCUGGUUUGGGGACAUUUUGGAGACAAUAUCAGGUCACUUCCUGUUGAUUUGGGGACAUUUGGGGGACACGUCCUGGUCAUAACAGGUCAUUUGGGGAUAUUUUGCUGGCGUGGCCUGUUCAUAUCAGGUCAUUUGGGGACAUUUGAAGGGCGGGACCUGGUCGUAUCAGGUCAUUUGCGGACAUUUGGGGGGCGUGGUCUGGUCAUAUCAGGUCAUUUAGGGACUUCUGGGGGCGUGUCCUAUCAUAUCACGUCAUUUGGGGCCGUGGCCUGGUCAUACAGUAUCUGGUCAUUUCCUUUUGAUUUGUGUUUUUGCCAUUGAAAAUGAAUGGGUAAUUUGGACGUCCAUGGUCGUCAAUGGCAUCGACUUACAGUUGCGUCAAUAGAAUCCAAGUACAUUGGCAUCAAUAGAAUCGACAAACAUGGCCGUCAAUGGCAUUAAACAAAGUAAAUGCCAAUGAAAAUGAAUUGGAAAUUUGGACGUCCAUGGCAGUCAAUGGCAUUGACUUACAUAUAGUAUGUCAAUAGAACCCAAGUACAUUGACGUCAAUAGAUUUGACAUAAAUGGCCGUCAAUGGCAUCAAUGCACUGUAAAUUCCAUUGGAAAUUCCAUUAGAAGUGAAUGGGAAAUUUGAAACAACGUUGCAUUCCAUUAAAAAUGAAUGGGAAAGUUUUUGGCAAAUUUCUGGGGAACCGUAAUUUUUUUUCCCAAAUUCUGUAUACAACUGUAUGCGCCUCACGUAGGACUAGAUACAUUUUGACAAUUUUUUUUUUUUUUUUUGGGGGGGUCUGUGAAAAAUUGGCAUUUACGGGCAAACGGAACAUUUUUCAGGAUCGUUCGAAAAAUUCCCUGCGUCGCGUGAAAAUUGUGGUUGUUUCGAUAUUCAAACGGUGCCGAUCGGGCAAACGAUUCGGGCUGUGCCUCGUGCCGAAGAAAUCGCAUUCAAAAAAAAAAAAAAAAAAAAAAAAAAAGAAUAACACCAUUAUUAA